AUGAAGACAUGUUGGAGCGAAAUCUUGCAAACUGUGGCACAAACCCAGAGAUUGUUUCGUGCAGCGCGGGAUGAGGCAGAAGGGGAACUUGAUAGACUACGAGCAGUCCCCCAUUUUUCCUCAGGGAUAGUAGAGCGAGCAAAACGCGAGCGCGCGUGAAAAUCACCCCACGCGAGAAAGGGUGACACGCGGCGGGGAGAGAGAUUCUCUCUCCCCGUAGCCUCCCACGCAGGCGUUUUUAGGGGAGCUCGUAUUUCUUCCCUCCCCACAAACGCCUGCUCAACGGAAAACAACAUUCCUUUCCCAAGCUUAGCCAAUCACAUUGUACUUUCCAAAUUCUGGAAAGUUGACCUUGACCGCAAGGUAAUCUGAUAAUUACUCGAUCUGCAUAAACACUAGGAAAGCUUUCUGACCUGCAAUAAAUGUUAGAUUCAGAGCGGCAAAAAUAAGUUUUAGUCAAAAUUCAGAAUACUCCGUGCACUGCAUAACCUUAGCGAAGGAAAGAAAAGAAGGAAAACGGUAACUCUAAGGUCACGUUCAGUCGUGUUUAGCCUGUCAACACUUGGGGAGGGAAGAAAUACGAGCUCCCCUAAAAACGCCUGCGUGGGAGGCUACUCUCCCCGCCGCGUGUCGCCUUUUCUCGCGUGGGGUGAUUUUCACGCGCGCUCGCGUUUCGCUCGCUCUACUAUCCCUGAGGAAAAAUGGGGGACUACUCGUAGUCUAGGAACUUGACGGAGUUUGUAGUGAUUGUAAAAAAGUGAGGCGAAAGGUAAAAAUUCUUCAGGCCAAGAGGAAAGACCUGGUUUACAGUGCCAAAGCGAGGCGCCAAGAGGCUUCAUCAAAGGUACCGUAUUUAUUCGAAUAAGCGCCCAACCUCGAAUUAGCGCCCACCUCGAAUAAGCGCCCAUCCUAAUGGCAGAAAAAGUUAAUAAGCGCCCAGCCUCGAAUAAGCGCCCACCCCCUCCUUCUCCCAAUCAAACUCAAAUAAGCGCUCACCCCCACCCCACCCACUUGAGUGAAUAAAUUCUAAUAAGAGACUUCCCCGAGGACGGAGUUUUCUUGAGAGUAUUUUACAGAAACCUUGCUUUGUUACUUCUUCGCGUUUUGUUAUUAGCAUUUAUUGUUUUGUUGCAAAAUAAACAUACUUCACUUGCUGAAAAUGGUGAAAAUUUAAUAAGCGCCCAGCCUCGAAUAAGCGCCCACCUCGAAUAAGCGCCCACUCUCAAGGUCCAAAAAUUUAAUAAGCGCCCAGGGCGGUUAAUCGAAUAAAUACGGUAAUUUAUUUCCAAUUCGUAUUUUUGAGGUAUUGAAAAAAUUCCUUUACUUUACUUGAACUACGUAAUACCAUGAAAUACAUUGUGGCGCAUCUAAAGCAAGUCCUCCGAAGUAAUGUACCGGUAUAAACCAUCUUCUAAAUAAAUUUUGUUGGCGUAAGUUUAUUUAAACAUUUAUUGUUUUGUUUCAGUUUCAUAAGUUCUCAUACAUUUAACUAUUCAUGCUCAAAAGGAAAGUUUUGUUUAUUUUAUUAAGGUGAAGAGUUGUCACCUAAGCCCGGCAAGUCAACAAGCGAGGGAAUUAAAUGUACGCAGAGAAAGGAAAAACUACAGGCGGGAGGCGGAAAGGCUCUGAACCUCCACCGCUUUGACAGUCAGUGAGGAACAAUCAAAAGAGCUGGCGAAGCUUAUUGACUGUAUAAGCAGCUCAGAAGAAGGACAAGAAGCGGUAAAGGCGGUCUGCAACGAGGCCGAUGAGCAACAACCGGGGAGCGGAGCUUUAUUGAAAGAGUUGUGGGAAUUGGAGAGAGAGGCGUUUUUUAAAGAUCAGCGAGGGAAUGGUGAGUCAAUGUUGCAUAAAUACUGGAUCAUUUAACAAGCUGCUGAGUCUAUAUAAUACUAACCAAAUCCCAAAAACUUGAACCCGUCAUGUAAAGCUCCAAAACAAUUCCAUGUUUUUUAGAUUAAAUAGGAUUAAAGCCCACUAGAAAUAUUUACGAAGUUCGCACUUCAAUUUUCCUAAUGAUUUAAUGGUGAUUGCGCACUCCUCUGCAAUAUUGUAAGCAGAGUGUUUGUCUUUAAGCAGAGUGGACACCUGCAGGUCACAUUAAUUGUCAAGAAAAAAGUUGCUAUAAUGUUAUACAAUCGACGAAAGACCAAUUUUCGUCCUUGUUUUCGUCCCCAACAAAACCAAAUAAACUGUUUCCACGGGGGUCCGCAUUUAAAUGUUUAAUGCUGAGUAAAUAAAGUCACUGUGAAACAUUAAUUACUGCUACAAGAAGAGCUUAUUUUGGCUGCUUGAAAAAAUUGUCAGCCAUGCUUUAUGACACUGAAGUCAUGAAUUAAUGGAUUAAAUUUGACAGUAUCCUCAAAAAUAUUAAAAUUUCUUUUCAACAAUUCCAGCUAAUGUUUGCUUGAAAAUACCUUCAAAAAUUAUCAGUUUUAUUUCAUAAUCUUUCUAUUUCUUAACAAUUUCAGCUCAGUAAGUCUCAAAAUAAAAAAAAAUG